UCAACAUCGGAAAGGCGAUACUCAAAAGACAGCGUAAAAGCCAGAGAAACCAUUAAAGAUGUAAGUUUUUUAGUGCUUGGCCGAUCUGGCCCUUAUCCACAAAUUGUAUUACCAACCGGUGGUGGAUACUGGAUGGAUGGGGUCAGCAGCUGUACAAUCAACAUCGACGACGAUAUUGUUGGCUGUAUGCCGACAACCAGCAGUAGUUGUGCUCGUUUCAAACUGGAAACUGAUGAUACCUCACACUGCUACAAAAGGCAUUUUAUUGGCAGGGAACAUCAUGAUUUUUACGCUAUGGAUAACAAUAUCGGUCCUCUUGUAUUAUCUGUUCGAACAGAAACCAUUUCAUCUCAAGAACACUUUCGGAUAAUGCUCAGGACGCGUCAUGGAACAGUCCAUGAGAUUGUUCCAGCUUCAGCAUUGGGGGAUCGCCCAUCAGCAAGUAGAAUGGCUCGUUUACUGUGCGAUGAAGUCAUGGCAGACCGAUUUUGCCCAGUUGCAUUUCCCGGCGGUAGUGAAAUGAUCCUGCAGUACGAUGAACAUGUUCUCACCAAUACCUAUAAAUUUGGUGUUAUUUAUCAGAAAUUUGGCCAGUCAACGGAAGAAGAGCUUUUCGGAAAUGCAUGUCGUUCUGCUGCAUUUGACGAGUUUCUCGGAGUGUUAGGGGAUCGUGUGCUGCUGAAAAAUUUUAAGGGUUACCGAGGCGGCUUGGAUACGCAACAUGGGCAAACUGGCACGGAGUCGGUUUACUGCAAGUUUAGACAACGUGAAGUAAUGUUCCAUGUUUCGACAAUGCUUCCAUUCACUGUCGGUGACACGCAACAACUGCAACGUAAACGGCACAUUGGAAACGACAUUGUCGCCGUAGUUUUUCAAGAAGAAAAUACGCCAUUCUCACCGACAAUGAUAGCUAGCAAUUUCCUGCAUGCAUUUAUUGUUGUUCAACCAAUCGAUUCGUGCACUGAGAAAGUUCGAUAUCGAGUGUCGGUAACUGCUCGAGAUGAUGUUCCAUUCUUUGGUCCAACUUUGCCAGCACCAUCAAUUUUUAGAAAGGGCCAGGAAUUUCGCAAUUUUUUGCUUACAAAAUUGAUCAAUGCUGAAAAUGCCGCUUACAAGUCAGACAAAUUUGCCAAACUUGCGGAAAGAACAAGAUCAUCACUCCUUGAUACUCUCUAUGGAAAUCUGAAAGAAAGAGCUGAAUUUUAUGGCAUUCCUUUAUUGGAAACAACUGAUUCGACCCCCCAUUUGGGCCUUUUCCAUUCAGUAAAGAAAGCUAUUACUGGAAGGUCACGUUCAGUGUCUCACGAAAUGAGUUCUGCCGGCACUCGAGCUUCAACGUUAGAAUUGUCUAGCCCAGGAAGGUCAAAUGGUUUCAAUCGUAAAUCAGUACCAAAUGCUGAAAUUUUGUCAAAGAGUUCUACAUCUUCGACUAGCGACUGGGAUGGAUCCGAUAAUGACAGUGUUGAGCUGGAACAUGAGCAUGAGCAUGAGCAUGAGCACGAACACGAUUCUGACACUGGAAUGGAAUCGAUGUCGUCAACUGAAGUGCCACAUUCCAAUCGGUUAUCGUGCAGUUUUUGCGCUGAUGGAGCUGUUGUAUCAUCUCAUGAGGAUGAAGCACGUAAAUUGGACGAAUUGCUUACAGAUGUGGAAAAGUUAAAAACAGAAAAGUUAGAUCUUCUCAGACAGAAUGUCACAUGUAAAACUGAUAUUAAAAAGUUAAAAGAAAGGCAGUCAGCAUUGGCUGGAGAUCUUGAUAGGGCAAACGAAGAAAUUGCUAGAUUAAGGAAAUUGUUGAAACGUCCGCCAGGAAAUGGAAAUGAUGGUUACGUAGCAGUACAUCAGUCGCUUGGAACUGAUCGUCCUCCAGUCUACGUUAUGGAUGUGAAUUCGUAA